ACCACCACCAGAACACCUCCAACUUACCUCCACACACACACUCUCUCUCUCUAUCUCAGUCUGAAUACUCUGAUCCAAAACGAAAAAUGCCUUCCGCAAAAUUCGACGAAGUCUACAAGAAGGUCAGCGCCAUGGGCGAGAAGCUCAAGGCUGCUGGCAAGCAAGGUCCCAGCAACGAUGAGCAGCUCCAGCUCUAUGCGUAUGCCAAGAUUGCGAAUGGCACGGAUUUCAGUGCGGCCAAGAAGCCUGGCAUGUUCGAUCUUACCGGCAAGGCCAAGUACAACAAGUGGAAGGACGAGGUCGAGGCUGGAACUACGCCAGAGAAGGCUGAGGAAGAGUACAUCAAGCUUGGUGAGGAGUUGGUGGCCAAAUACGACAAUUAGAGAGAUAUAGGACAAAGAAAGAUGGGGCAAAAGCCUUGAUGCCACAAGGGCAAAUGAAAAAAAAAACAGGACUUUUGAGCUAUUA